AUCCAACCGUAAAGGAUUGGAGUGUCUCCCAGAUUCCAAGUCCUCCCUGCGUGUAUUUUGGCGCAUCAAUUUUCACCUCACGACUCUUUUACGACUCUCUCUCUCAUUUCACGCUCUUCUCCUCCUCCGAUGUCGUCGUCGCCCUCCACCAAGCGGUGGCUUCCUCUCGAAGCCAACCCCGAUGUCAUGAAUCAGUUUAUUUGGGGAUUGGGAGUUCCCGAGGAUGAAGCGGAGUUCAACGAUGUGUACGGAUUGGAUGAGGAGCUCUUGGAGAUGGUGCCUAAACCGAUUCUCGCAGUGUUGUUCCUUUUCCCCUACUCUUCGGAGAUUGAAGCUGAGAGGCAAGCUGAUAGAGAACUGUGGUCCAAGGGUGAAACGAAGGAAAUAAACGGGAAGGUGUACUUUCUUAAACAAACAGUGGAUAAUGCUUGUGGAACAAUUGGGGUACUUCAUUCUAUAGGAAAUGCUACUUCAGACAUCAAGCUAGUGGAGGGAUCAUACCUGGAUAGAUUUUAUAAAGCAACAGCUAAAAUGGAUCCUUUUGAGCGUGCUGCUUUUCUCGAAAAUGACAGAGAAAUGGAGGAUGCACACUCCGUUGCAGCUACUGGAGGGGAUACAGAGGCCAAACCGGAAGUCAAUGAACAUUAUAUUUGCUUCACAUGUGUUGAUGGAGAACUUUAUGAGCUUGAUGGAGAAAAAUAUCAACCAAUAUCACAUGGUCCUUCGUCACCUGGUACCUUAUUGCAGGAUGCUGCAAAGGUCAUAAAAGCCAUGAUCGAGAAAAAUCCCGACUCGAUUAACUUCAACGUCAUGGUGCUCUCAAAGAAAGAGCAGUGAUGAACCGAUACACACAAAAUUGACCCAACUUCCGUCUCAUCGAAAUCUCUUCAUACUUUCUCGAGUUCUUGGUUGCGGCUCUUGCUUUGGAAAACAUGUGAUUGUAUAUGCUUGCAGUUCUUUUCUGAUCUGUAUGUCAGAAAAAUGACUUCUUGUGAUGGAAUCGAAUGUGGAUGGAGGUUCCGGUUUACCUUUUUUUUAUUAUUUUCUGCAGAUAUUUGUGCCAGUCGCUUGUGGCUGUUACAUCUUUUUGUGGAAAUCAAGAUGUAGUUGCUUGGUCGUACAAGUAGGUUAACAGAUGUUAAGAUUAUCAAAUCUGAUCUGCCGAAUACUCCUGGUGACUACAAUGAUCGAAUUUUAAAAGAUUGAGAUUGAAACAAGAUUCAUAGCAAA